CCUUCUUAUUCUUGUAAAUUUUUAUCAACUGUUCUCAUCUCUUUAUAAUCAUCCUCUUUCUCUUAUUAGUGUCUCAUUAGUUGUCAUCUUCUUUAUUCUUAUUAGGGGUUCAAGCAGUUCUAAGCUCUAUCAAGAGUUCUAUUUCAAACUCUUCUUUUCUGUCUUCAGAUUCAAUGGAAGUAGUACAAAUUCCUCCUUACUUCCUUUGCCCCAUUUCACUCGAAAUCAUGAGUGAUCCGGUGACUUUAUCGACUGGAAUCACCUACGAACGCAAAACAAUAGAAAAAUGGAUGUUUACUGAUAAGCACAACACAUGCCCGGUGACUAAACAACCAGUUUUCGACUAUGACUUCACACCAAAUCACAAUCUCCGUCGACUAAUCCAAGCUUGGUGCGCCACUAAUGCAUCAUUCGGUGUUGAGAGGUUCCCUACUCCCCGUCCUCAGGUGACCAAGACCGACAUUUUGAGCCUUCUCAGCGAGGCUAAAAAGCCUGAAUAUCAAAUCAACAGUCUCAAGAAACUAAGAAAGAUAAUCUUAGAGAGUGACAGAAACAAGCAUUGUGUUGAGAGCACUCCUGGUGCAUUAGACUUCUUGAUUUCCAUCAUCAAGAAGAACAUCAGCAGUUUUGACACAAGUGCAUGCGAUGAAGCUCUCAUGAUCUUGUCAUCAAUUCAAAUCUCUGCUCAAGGUCUUCUCAAUCUCAUCAAAAGUCAUGAUGAUGACUUGAUUCAUUUAUUCACAUCGGUCAUGAAGAAAUCUAAUUAUCAAAAUAGAUUUCAUGCCACACUUGUACUCAGUUCAUUGAUUGAAGCUACAACUCCUUCCAAGCUAAUUGCACUAAAAGAUGAGCUAUUCAUUGAGGUUGUGAAGGUCUUGAGUGAUCGACUAUCGGCGAAGGCGACAAAGGCUGCAUUAAAGAUCCUCGCCGAGCUUUGCCCGUUGGGAAGGAACCGUGUUAAGGCAGCGGAAGCUUGCGCCGUGUCAGUAUUGGUAGAGCUUUUGCUAGAUGAGCCUGAGAGGAAAACAUGUGAGAUAAUGCUAAUGGUGUUGGAUCAAUUAUGUGGUUGUGCCGAAGGGAGGGCAGCGAUGGUCGGACACGCAGCGGGGAUUGCUAUCAUCUCCAAGAAAGUACUUAGAGUAUCAUGUGUGGCAACCGAAAAGGCGGUUCGGAUACUUCAUUCAGUGUCAAAGUUUUCUGCAACUCCUGCUGUUCUUCAAGAGAUGUUAAAUGUGGGAGCUGUGGGCAAACUUUGCAUGGCUGUGCAAGUUGAUUGUGGGUUGAAGACAAAGGAGAAGGCUAAGGAGAUACUUAAGUUGCAUUCAAGGGUUUGGAGGAAUUCUCCUUGUAUUGCAUAUAGGUUUCAAGGUUCUUAUCCAUCUUAGAUCUUGAUUUUGUGAUGAUUAAUGUUUAGGAUUGAAUAUAUAUAUAUAUAUAUAUGUCCAUUAAAUUUGAUAUU